UUUUUACCUAUUUUUUUCCGUUAAUAUUCCUUUAAUUACAAGUGAAAAGUGUUAAUUGUUUUUUUUAAAUUAAAAUGGUACACAUGAAGAAACAACCGCGAAAAACGCGACGUCAAUUACAAGCGGAAAAAUUGUCUGAAGCAAAAAAAUUAAUUAAUAAAGCCAAUUCAUUGGAAGUGCCUCUUCCUAGUAGUUUUCAAAAAUUCACAUCUAAAGAUGAAAUAAAUUAUGAAAUUCAUUGUAAUCGAGCAAAAGAAUUGACAAAUGAACAAUCAUCAUGGAUUAUAGAUCUUAUGGAAAGAAAUAUGAAAAAAAGUUAUGAAUUAUCGUCAUGGGGUUGGGAUGCAGAUAAAAAAAGAAAUGAAUUAUUUGAUUCACAAGCAUGGCAUUUGAUUGCAAUAAAUAAUAAUGGAAUUAAUGUUGGAUUUUCACAUUUUCGAUUUGAUGUUGACGACGAUAAGGAAGUUUUAUAUUGUUAUGAAUUGCAAUUAGAAACAUCGACAAGAAGAAAAGGACUUGGACGAUUUAUGAUGCAAGCUUUAGAAACAAUGGCCUUGCAAAAUAAAAUGCAAAAAGUAGUAUUAACUGUUUUUAAAAGCAAUACAACGGCAGUUGCAUUUUUUCACAGUCUUGGUUAUAAAUUGGAUAUCACGAGUCCCAACGAUGAGCACUAUAUGAUUUUGAGUAAAUUAUGUAGAGAUUAAAUAAAAACUGUUUUUUUUUCCAAA